GCGCCGGGCAACCACUUAACGCGUGCGGGAAGGCGCGUUCGCGCGGCAACGUUAACGCGUCGAACGUGCCGCUCCACCAAGCUUUCCAGCCCUGGGUGGCAUACAGCAACCACCAUCUCGACUGUCGCUCUGAUCCGUGUUCGCGCCCAGCUAUGCGAGUCUGAUAUCCUGCUUUCAUUUUUGUUUCGUCUGCGUUGGUUUCCAGCAUAGCCAUGGUGUUGUCCAAGUUCGAAUCGCUCUUUGUCCGCCCGCCCACUCCACCCAAAGACGUCGAAGACAGCGACAAGGACGUCGACGUCGACGAGACCGUCCAAUUUCUCGAGGAUCCGUUUGGCGAGAAGCCUGCACAACCGAGGGCUGUGGUGAAAGUAGCUGCGAAAAAGCUGCUCAACACACCAGACCAGUCGCCGUCCUCUGAUAUCAGCAUACCGUCCAGCUCGGCGAAGAAGAGGGUCAACUUCGAGGUCCAGACAUGCGUCUCCCCGCAUAAGAAAGCUGUCAUAAAGUCGUGGACACCUACACGCAGCUCACCGCUUCGUCCUCUGCCGCAGACACGCGUAUCGCUACCGCUCAAGUCAAUCCUUAAACCCACGGACGCAGCAUCCACACCGAUACCGAACGACGAAGGCGCCGCCGCACACCAAUUCAAAUCAUUCGCAGAGAUGCUGGAGUCGAUAGUGAAACAGCUGGCUCAAGGGGAGCGGCCCUCGCGGCUGGAUGCAUAUCACUCGCUGCAGCGCACCAUGCAAGCCUACGACAAGAUACCAGACGAGCAGGCGCUGAAGAACAAAAUGUCCCUAUUGGCACAGUUCAUCCGGCGAGAUACCCAAGCCAUCAGCCCUACAGGCAGCGGGCUCGAUUCGCAGCUCAUCGGCCAAGCGCUGAAGCUCCUUCUGGCGCUCUUUCGAAUACCAGACUUGAGUGCAGCUAUGGACGACGAAUUCAGCUCAUACAUGGUCGAACGCAGUAUUCAAGUUCUCACAGAUGUCUCGGUAUCGAAAAGCGUGGUCAACACACAUCUGGCAAUGCUCAUGCAGCAGAAUUUCCGCCCAAAGAUAAUGACCGGACCACGUGUGGAGAAGAUCAUGGAUGGCCUGGACACAAUACAGGACCGCGUAAAGGGGUUUUCGGUCCAAGCAUAUCGCCUGCGUAUAUACAGGAAGCUAAUUCAACAACGGCCGGACCUCAUGAUCAGACAUACAGAGCGGUGGUUCAAACACACCUUCAAGGCCUUGGUUUCAACCCACAAGGAUAUCUACCAGAGCGCCCUCGACACCGCCAUUGCCGCUGCAAAACUCCUUGGGCAUGAUCGGUCUGUGGCUAAGUCGGUUCUUACAGUCCUGAACAAAGUUAGGAGCGACGGCGAGACUACUCUGGCCAAAGUUAUGGCACAGGAGUUGCAAAAGAUGCUCGACGGAGACAACCCAUCUCUCGUACCGCAAAUUUGGUCGGCUGUUACGGGACUCUUGCGGGACCACUUCGACAUUAAGCUCUUCACGGACCUCGAGGAGUGGUUAAAGGUGUUCGAGAAGGCGCUCAAAUCCGAGAAUGAUCAGGUCAAAAUCUAUGGAAACAUAGCGUACGGCUUUCUACUCUACGCUGUGAAUCCGUCUGAGGAGACAGCAAAGGUCUGGUCGAAAUUUUUGUUGAACGUACCACUCCAGCAAUUUCAGAGACGAGGAUCGAUGAAGAAGUCAGAGCGAGAUGCAAUCUUCUGCGGAUACAACACACUGCUUUACUAUGCAUUCCGCCCUACCGCCAGCCAUGAGCAACUCGACCGAUUUUGGACCGAGUUUGUGGUAGGCUUCUGGACUCCAGUAGUACAUCAGUCGGCACCCAUACAAGCAGCUCUCGCGUGUCGUCAUGUCUCAGCCCUGCUGAGCGGGUCUCGGAACCCUUGGGACGCACAGAGAGCUUUGGAUCUUAGAUUCCAGGUCAUGACGCAGCUCUCUGAAGUUCCCCUAGUAGACCCGCGAUGGGUCCGCAGAUCGAUUGGUACAGUUCUGAAGUUUGUGGAAACCUUGCUUGAUACAACGGCCUGGUCCAACGGACCCCCAGAAGAUGAUCCGAUAAAGAACAUGUGGUCUGCUGUCCUCGACUCAUUGGUCGAGGCAAGCAGCAAAGAGGUCAUGGCAUCGACUGAGAGCAAGGACGCCAUGGCUCAUAUCGUCAAUCUUCUCCGCCGUGUGUGGGAUCGACACACUGCCCAGCUAGCUGUACCACAGCACAAGGAGGACAGCUGGGCGGACAAGUUCUGCUUUCUGGUCGAGAGUGUGGUGCAAAAGCUCGGUGCACUACGAUUCGUCGACAAGUGCCUGACUAGGAACAGUCAAGAUGAGUUUGAGGUUGCAUCAACCCCUUCGUUCCGAUCCCGGCUCAAUGGAACUCGAACCUCGCCACUGUUGUACUUCGUCGACCUCCUGAUGAACCAGUCAGAAGGCAAGCUUUCGGACUCAAUUCGACUGCGCGCAAUGAAGCUGGUCCUCGAGCCUGGAUUCAAUGCUCAGAACACCCGCCUCAGUAAACUGGAACUACUUCGGGACUGCGCUACCAUCGUCGAUGGUUCGAUAAAAGCAGCCGUGGCCCUUGAUUUCUGGUCGCAGACCGCGAGAUUGUUAAAGCUUUCUAUCGAGCAGCAAGUGCCUGACCCCAAUGAGCGAGAAUCACGCCAGCUGGGCAAAGAGUACGAGGUCACGGUGGAGCUCCUGAACUUAGGUUCCGAUCAUCUGCUUAGAACAUCGCAAGGACUCCAGGUUCUUUCCGCUUUCAUCACUACGGUUCGGAAAGAAGCUGGAGACGGUGCGCUUGUUCUGGCAGUGAUUGAACGGGUUUCAGAGAGCGUCUUGGCCAGUGUCACCGACAAGUGUUCAUGCUUGCCCUACACAAGUACGCUGCUGCAGAAUCUUCCGAGCAAGACCAUCAGCAGGCGGGUACUUGAUCAGGGGAGGCAGACUCUGUGGCCGUCUUCUCCUGCGGGAGCACGUAAUCAUGAUUUCGAUCCUUACAAUCACCUGUACAGCGCGGUAAACUCUGCAGGUUCUGCGGCGUACGAUGAACUCGGCACCGACAACGUUGAGUCAACUAGGACAUUUCUCGUGGCUUUGGGUGUAUCGAUCAAGAGCUGUUCGACUUCGUUGCUUGCAGUCUACUUGCGCAAAGUGCAGGAAGUGAUUCGGACAUGGGUCGAAGACCCUCAGAGGAAAUUGCAGAAUAAGGCACCAGUCUCGAAGACCUUUCAACGCGAGGUCGUCAGCCUAUGGAGAGAAGUAAAUGAGGCGAUUGAAAGGCUUCCCCGCAAGGACAGUCAGGUUCUCUUGCACCUAGAGCCACUCAUUACGUCUGGAUUUGUUAGUCGACGCCGGAAAAUUGUCAACAUUUCGAUCGCAACCUGGAAUAAGACUUUCGGCAAGGAGGAAAACCUUCGGUACCCUCCACGAUUAGAAAAGGUCCUGCGCCGCUUGCACAAGACCGUUGAUCUUGCUCUGCCAUCGUGGGUCACCAAGGACACUGACAGCGAUGCCGAACUAUCUUUGUACGAUUCGGAUGAGAGUACUGAAGGUCUGAGACGAAGCGCUAGAAGCUCUCGUGUCAAAGAAUCUCCCUACAAGAUCAUCAAAUCUGCGCGAGACCCCAAACAUCAGUCGCCCACGGUUUCUUCCCCGGCGAGCAGACGCACUUCAUCACGCCGAACACCGAAAGUACGCUUACGACAUGACAACUCGCAGAUCCAGUUCGAAGCCAUCGUAUCUUCGCCAUCAAAUCCGUUCGUACAGGAAUCGCAGAUCCUGACCGAAAGACAGAAGGAGAUGAUUGAACGUCAAAGACUUGCUGGCGGUCUGUUUGCUGACAUGCGCGCACUGUCUCCGCAACGAGAGGCCCCACCAUCUCCACUGGAGCUGCAUUCUGAUUUGCAGAGUGUUGAGGAUCUACCAUCUCGCACUACACGUACCACACCGCUGAAGACACUGGCAAAGAUGGGCCCCAUGGACGUUUUUCUGCACUCAUCGCCUACGCCACAUGCGCGACGUACCUCGCAAAAGAUCGUUAGCGACGAUACCGAUGUUGCUACCCCUACUGCGGUGCGAACAGUGCGCGUCGCGGAAGAUGAAGACCUUGGGUCUUCACCGCCUCGAUUCGAGGGGGCCACAACCUCAAAGUCGAGACAGCAUCCACGUGAAGCUGCCGAGAGCCUUGAAGAUCAACAGCCUGACAGCGUUUAUUCGGCAUCCUUUGAUGAUGGUACCACUAUGGAUGAGGACGCCUUGGCUGCAGCAGUGAUGCUGGCUGAACAGGAGGAAGAGCUUACCAAAGGCUAUGAGCUUAGCGAUGACAUGAUGUCUGAUCUACCAAGUUCCACGAUUGAUCUUGAGCUUACUGCACAAAUCGACGCAGACAUACAAACCGCCGAGGGAGCCAUCAGGCCUGAUGAAACCAUACAGGAACCAGAAAGCGUGUUCGUCGAUGCGGCAUCACAUCCCACAUCAUCCCACAACGUCCCUGCAACACAAGACGGAAGUGACACGGAAGUCGAGCCCACGCCCAAAUCGUUUCGGACGCGUAAAGGCAAGAAAGCGGACACGAGCAGCACAAGCCGUGUUGAAGACUCCUUCACCUCUACUCCGGCUAAGGGCACACCUGGAUCACAUGUUCGGCGUUCAACGCGCCAAAGUAUGGAUAGUCCGAUUCACAUCCAGCUGUCAAACAAGAAGAGACAAAAGAAUCCACGGCGAAGUAAGCAGGAAUCUACCUUGGACGGACAGGCCUCAUCGCCUCUUCAGGCUCAGCCCGAAGCUGCUGGUGGAGAGCUGGAGAAUGGAGUUGCUGCAUCGCCUACCGAGAAGACGAGGCGUGGCAAGAAGAGGAAGGCCAUGGCCGAUUCGCCCUCGCGUUUGGAGAGCCCCGGGGUCACACUGGAAUCAGGACGCAGAAAUGGCAUGCGUCGCUCGCAAUCAAAUCUCAGCCAGGUCGAGAGCGCGACUGAUGUCAUAACAGACACACCUGCACCUUUCAAACGAGUCCGACAGAGUACGAACAAAGAUGUCAGCGAAGCAAAACUUGAAGCGCCUCUUCCACCUAGAGAUCUGCACUCCUCGCAUAAUAAACGCCUCAGCCACGUGCAGGUCACACCCAGGCAUGACAAGGCAUCUGCUCCUGCCGUAGAGGAGCAAAUUGCGGCGUCGAUUGCCACUGUAGCCGACACUGCUCCAGAACUCAGACACUCUGCGCUGGAACAGAGUCAGAUCCAGUCACAACAGCAGGCUCCAACUGGCAGCGCCACUCCGAACCGAUCCUUUGCGGAGCGUGUCAUUCUUACACCAAGAAGCAUUAUCAAUAAGUUCAAGGAAAUCAAGAACUAUAUACUGAAUGCCCGGGGACUCACUGUAAGCGAAGCAGAGGUGCGAGAGAUUGACGAUGUGCUAUUUCACAUCCGCAGAGGAGUUUUCGCCGCUGGGCAAGGAGAAUAACAGCAGGUCUUUUUAAGCUCGAAAUGAAAGCUUGUAUUUGGAUAUGAUUACUUCCACUAUGGGAGUCGUGCAUUACAGCAUAAGCUAGCGAGACCGUUGUAGUAAUAGAUACCCACAUCUUUCGUGUGAA